AUACCAAAAGGAGGCUUUCGCAUGGUGAUUAUGAUAUAUCGCACGGGCGUCGAAAUGUAAUCGAGUUGUUGUAUAAGUUGGCGAUGGCCGUCGAUCGCCUCUCUUGUUCUAUCACCACCUCAGCGCCAACAGUUCGCAUUCUUUUAUAUCAAGAAUUCUUCGGUUCUACUCCUUUCGUUAUUUGACUUACCAUUCGUUCGUCCGUCAACAACAGAUCCACUAGCAAAAUGCGUUUCGCCAGCUCUGUCGUAUCUGGCUUGGCCCUACUCGCCGGUUCCGUUGUUGCUCAUCCUGGCCAUGAUCUUACUCAAGAGAUUAAGGAGCGUCGUGAAUUCCUCAGCUCCGUCAAGCGUACCAACCUUGAUCACUGCGCGCCGAAGUUGAAGGCGCGAGGUGUUGAGAAGCGCAAUAUCCAGCGUCGAGCUGCCCUUUUGGAAAAGGCGCGAGCUAAGAGAGGUUUAACCAAGAAGCGUGAUCUUGCUUCCGACUUAGCCACCGACCACAACGCUACCGACCUCGGCUAUACCCCUAACACCGACGCCGCUACUCUUUUCGCAGGGUACAACUCGUGCCUCUUGACACCCGAAGUUACUCAGGGACCAUACUAUGUGGGCGGUGAGUUUGUACGAGAAAACGUCGUCGAGGAACAGCCUGGUGUCGACACGAUCCUCGACUACCAAGUCAUCGAUAUCAACACCUGCGAACCCGUUACCGAUGUGUAUCUCGAAAUGUGGCACUGCAACGCCACAGGUGUCUACGGUGGUAUCGUAGCAAGCGGCAACGGAGACUCCACCGACGAUACGAAUAUCAACAACACAUGGCUUCGCGGCAUCCAGAAGACCGAUUCUGACGGAGUUGCUCAAUUCGAAACCAUCUUCCCAGGCCACUACACGGGCCGCGCCACCCAUAUUCACGUCAUGAUUCACCAGAACGCUGUUCUCCUCGCUAACUCGACGCUCGGUAACAAUGUUAGCGCCAGCCACGUUGGUCAAGCUUUCUUUGACCAGGAUCUAAUUUCCGCUGUUGAAUUGACUGAGCCUUACAACACCAACACUCAGGAGUUGACCUUGAACACCGAAGACAGCAUCUUGGCCGAGGAAGCUGCCACUGAUGGUGUCGACCCAUUCUUCGAGUAUACCUACCUCGACGACGAUAUUAAUAGCGGUCUCUUCGCCUGGAUCGCGUUUGGCAUCAAUGCCACCCAAACCGAGUCUAUUACCCCCGCUGCCUUCUACUACAAGGAAGGAGGUGUUGCUAACCCCAACUCCGGUCCUGGAGGUCCGGGUGGCGCCCCUCCUAACGGUACUGCUCCCCCAACAACCUCUAGCACGGCUUCUGCUUAGGCUAGUACUGCGGGGAGAGUAGUUGUGUAUAAAUAGGGGAUGGAGAUUCCGGUGUGGUUUGACAAGCGCGAAUGAUUUGUUUUGGAGCGGCUCACAUACACUUUGGCCUGGUUGGAUGUUAACCUGGUUUGAUUGUCAAUAUCUAUUUCAAUAAAAUACUGUUGGUGCUGAAUAUUGC